AGGUGACUAAUAAUGACAAGCGCUCACGGCUACCUGUAAACAAACAGGUAAGUGAUUGCCUGCGUUAUUGAUGACUGCCUGCGUUAUUGAUCAGAUCAAUCGCAGUCCCGGCGCCUGCAUCUGAUUCCGCUGCGAUUCCCCCUUCCCAGCGCGGUUAGCGCUCGGUUAUCAGUGGUUUAUUAUAGCCUUGUAAACGAGGCUAGAGAAGAUCAACCAGCUGUCAUAAGAGACGCCUCCUGAACCAAGAACAGGGCUUCCAACGGAACCAGUUGAAAGUCACCAUGUCUCUGAGUGGGGAGGAGCUCCUGUACAGCACGCGGCAGGUCAUUGCCGGGCUGGAGGCACUGAGGGGAGAGAACCGCAAUGUCCUGGACAAGCUGCAGGGGGCGCUACAGAGCAGGCAGCCAGAGGACUGCCCCGGACUAGAGCAGGAGAAGAGUGACAUCGUACUGGAGUCACUGGAGAGAAUCGAACUGGGACUGGGAGAGGCGCAGGUGAUGAUGGCUCUCUCUGCCCACCUGGGGGUGCUAGAGGCUGAGAAGCAGAAGCUGAGGGCUCAGGUCCGGAGGCUCUGCCAGGAGAAUCAGUGGCUGCGUGAUGAACUGGCAGGGACCCAGCAGAGACUGGGAGAGCGGGAGCAGGAGCUGGUUACCCUGGAGGAGCAGAACAGACACCUGAGCUUCAUGAGCAGCAUCCGCAAAUACGAUGAGGACCAGGAGCACAGCGGGGCACUGGAUGAGAAGGAAAUUGCCUCUUCGAAGGACUGUCUCGAUGACCUGUUCCCCACAGAUGAGGAGGAGCAAUCCCAGAUGUCUCAGCCUCACAGCAGUGCAGCAGCAGCAGCUCAGCAGGGUGGGUAUGAGAUCCCGGCCCGGCUGCGCACGCUUCAUAACCUGGUGAUCCAGUACGCCUCUCAGGGUCGCUACGAGGUGGCCGUGCCGCUGUGCAAGCAGGCCCUCGAGGACCUGGAGAAAUCCUCCGGACACAACCAUCCCGACGUGGCCACCAUGCUCAACAUCCUGGCACUCGUGUACCGAGAUCAGAACAAGUACAAAGAGGCUGCAAACCUUCUAAACGAUGCCCUGGCUAUUCGGGAGAAGACUCUGGGAAUGGACCACCCAGCGGUGGCAGCGACGCUGAAUAACCUGGCAGUGCUGUACGGGAAGAGGGGCAAAUACAAGGAGGCAGAGCCACUGUGCAAACGAGCCCUGGAGAUCAGAGAGAAGGUCCUGGGGACGGACCACCCUGACGUUGCAAAGCAGCUCAAUAACCUGGCUCUGCUCUGCCAGAACCAGGGCAAGUACCAGGAGGUGGAGCUAUACUACGAGAGAGCCCUACACAUCUACCAGAGCCAGCUGGGCAGCGAUGACCCCAACGUAGCCAAGACCAAGAACAACCUGGCCUCCUGUUAUCUGAAACAGGGGAAGUACCGGCAGGCAGAGGCUCUUUACAAGGAGAUCCUGACACGCGCGCACGAGAGGGAGUUCGGAUCAGCUGAGGGAGACGGACGGCCCAUUUGGAUUCACACAGAAGAAGGGAGCACCACACAGGACGGGCUGGGCAGUCUCAAGCGCAGUGGUUCGUUCACGAAGCUUCGAGAGUCGAUCCGUCGGAGCAGCGAGAAGCUGGUCAGGAAGCUGAAAGGAGUGGGAGCGACAGAGACAGCGCCCCGGAACCCUGGGAUGAAGCGAGCAAACUCCCUCAACAUGCUCAAUGUGGGGGGGAAGGCUGCGCCCGACUCCAGUCAGCAGAGUCCUAGCAGUCUGACAGAAUCCAGAGGCCUCAGCUCCAGCACUCAGAGUCUGGCUCGACGCGGAUCACUGACUGCAACCAGCUAGCAC